AUGGCAAAAGAAAUUAUAUAUGUUGGUAUUGAUCUUGGCACAACAUAUACCAAAGCUGCUUAUUAUUCCAGUGUGUCUCAAUGUGUCAAAACUUUGACCUUUUCGUCCAACGAACAAUCCGUUCGUUCAACUGUUGAUUUCAAUAGUUAUCCAGUUAAAGUAGCAACCGAAUCAAUUACUAGCAUAAAAGAAGUUAAACGUAUUUUAGGUGUUGCUUUUAAAGAUGAUUCAAUUGUUAACAUCAAAUCAAAUUACGCAGACAUUUUAGAAGACAUUGAUGGAUUUUGUUAUUUUAAUACAACUUUCCAAGGUCGCCCAACACCAGUCCGCCCCGUUGAAAUUUCUGCAAUCAUAUUAAGUCACGUCAAAAAGCAAGUUAUUGAAAAUGUGGAUUUCGACCCUCAAAGACAGUCGAUGAAAGUUGUUGUGACACACCCCGUCUUUUUUGAUCAAAAACAAAGGGACUUAACCGAAGAAGCAGCAAAAAUAGCAGACCUUGAUGUCAUUGGAUUAAUAUCAGAACCCACAGCAGCUGCAUAUAAUUAUUCUUUAAACAAUUUACCAAACGGAAUGAUCUUUUUCUUUGACUUUGGAGGAGGAACUUUAGACACUGCUGUUGGCGAGAAAAAAGGCAGUCAUAUUAAAUUCUGUGGUAUUCAUGGCGAUAAAAACCUUGGUGGUAUUGACAUCGAUAUUGCACUUCUGGAUUAUGUCAUGAAUGAGUGGAAGGAAUACAAUGAAAAUGAGGUAAACAACUUAUUUAAAGUGCAAAAUGGUGAUAGCACAACAAUACAAAAGAAAAAAGUAUAUUGA